CCCUUCUCUGUUUUGAGGACAUUUUGGGAGAGAGACAAUUAUGGCAGGCAAUGGGUUGUUGUAUCCACUGCUAGGUUUUACAUCCUGUUUGGCUUUCAUGUAUAUGUUCUUGGGGGAUUUGAGCUUCACUAGUUAUAAGCAGCCUAAGAUGUCAUUUGUGGAUACAAAUGGAGCUCAGUUCAUGGUGGACGGGAAGGCAUUCUACGUGAACGGAUGGAAUUCGUACUGGUUGAUGUAUCUGGCUACGGAUUACAAUACCGCGCCUAGGGUCAGGGAAGUGCUCCAGCUGGGUGCCAAGAUGGGUCUUACGGUUUGUCGAACCUGGGCUUUUAAUGAUGGAGCCUACAAUGCCCUCCAGAUCUCCCCUGGUCAGUUUGAUGAGCGCGUUUUCAGGGCAUUGGAUCAUGUCAUUGCAGAAGCAAGACUGCAUGGGAUAAGGCUGAUUCUUAGCUUGGUUAAUAACUUGCACAAUUUUGGUGGGAAGACCCAGUAUGUCAAAUGGGCAUGGGAAGAAGGUGUUGCUUUGAGUGCUUCUAACGAUUCAUUCUUCUUUGAUCCAUCCAUCCGCAGUUAUUUCAAGAACUAUGUCAAGGCUAUCUUGACAAGGAAGAACAGUGCCACUGGAAUUGAAUAUAGAGAUGACCCCACUAUCUUUGCAUGGGAGUUGAUGAAUGAACCCCGUUGUUUCUCGGAUCCCUCUGGUGACACCCUCCAAGAUUGGAUUGAAGAAAUGGCUGGUUUUGUGAAAAAAAUUGACAAGAAACAUCUAUUAACUGUGGGGCUUGAAGGAUUUUAUGGUCGUACGAGCCCAGGAAAAUUGAAUUUGAACCCAGCAGAAUGGGCAGGUGCUUUUGGGACUGAUUUUAUUCGAAAUUCCAAGAUCCCAACCAUCGAUUUUGCCUCUGUCCAUGUUUACCCCGAUCACUGGUUUGAUGAUCUAGAUCUUGAAGACCAAAUUAAAUUUGCUUCAAAAUGGGUGAAGUCUCACAUUGAAGAUGGUGACAAUGAACUGAAGAAGCCUAUCUUGUUCACUGAAUUUGGGUUGUCAGCCAACCAAAAGAACUUUCAACCAUUACAUCGUGAAAAAUUUUAUAAGACAAUAUAUGACCUUAUUUACAAGUCAGCUAAGAAGAAGGGAUCAGGAGCAGGGGCAUUUGUUUGGCAGUUCAUAGUUGGAGGUAUGGAAGAGUAUGAGGACGGUAAUGGGAUUGUGCCAUGGGAGAGGGCAUCCACUUAUAGUAUUAUAACAGAGCAGUCAUGUAGGCUGGCUAGAAUCCAGGGAGGGCAAGAUCAAUUGCAAGGGAGCCUGAAAGAUCUUUGUUCAAAGAUGGUGAACUAGUCAUUCUUUUUUUUUAUUUUUUUUAUUUCAAAUUUAAUUUUGUUUUUGGCAGAAUUGUGUUUUCCUUCAUGCUUUUGGCAUUGUUUGCUCAAGGGUUGCAGAGAUCACUGCCCCUGUUAGCAUCA